UUCACAGAGGGCUGUUCAGACAGAAUGAGUGAAUCAGCAGUAAAGGCUGCUCCUGCCGCUGAUGUAUCUGUGAAAGCACAGAAUUCCCAGCCCGUGAAAGCAGCUGGGGACGCCAAAGAUGCUAAGCAGACCGAGGGUGCUGCCAAAGAUGCGAAGCCAGCCGAGGGUGGAGAUGCCCCAAAGAAACUCUCCCCAGCAGAAUUGAAGAAGCAAAAGGCCGCUGAAAAGCAGGCGCGCAGGGCUCAGCAAAAAGCUGCCGGCCCUGCCCUCAAGGAGCAAGGCUCACAGCAAAAGGAUGCGCAAAAGCAGCAAAAAGGCUCCAAACAAGCUCCCAAAGACGACAAAUCAAGACCAAUUCCAGUUCGGAGACGACCGUCUCAAUCGAGUGCUCCAGUCACGCAAACGCUCAAGAAAGAACCAAAAGCAGAUGCAAAGCAGGUUGGACUAUUCUUUGGCCAUCUGUACAGUCAACCUCGAAAACACUCCAUGGCUGGGGCUUCAAAAGACGUUCACCCGGCUAUUCUUGCUCUUGGAUUGCAGUACAGUAGUUAUACUAUCUGUGGAAGCACUGCACGAAUGGUUGCUAUGCUUUUAGCAUUCAAGUCACUGAUUGCGUCUUAUCAAACACCGAUGGGCACGAGUCUCUCGCGUCAUUUGAUUCAACUACUCGGCAUCCAGAUCGAGUAUCUGCGAGAUUGCCGUCCUUAUAGUAUCACCAUGGGUAAUGCUAUUCGUUGGUUGAAAGACAUAAUUGUUAAAACCGAUCCGUCAACCCCGGAAAUUGAUGCAAAGCGUGAUCUUCUGGAUGAGAUCGAUAUGUUCAUUCGUGAACGCGUUACAGCCGCCGACAAGUUGAUUCGUGAACUCGCUGUUACCAAAAUUCUACCUGGAGACGUGAUUCUUACAUAUGCUUCCUCGUCAAUCGUGGAGCAAACACUGUUGGAAGCUCACAACGCAGGCAUCAGCUUUUCUGUCAUUGUUGUCGACUCGAAGCCUCUUUUCGAGGGUAAAACACUUGCACGAAAGCUUGCAAACGCGGGUCUCAAAGUCCGUUACUUCCUCAUUACCGGGGCUUCUCACGCCAUCAAGGACGCUUCGAAGGUGUUUCUGGGCGCACACGCAAUGAUGUCUAACGGCCGUCUUUACUCGCGUGUCGGUACAGCACUCGUAUCCAUGCUCGCGAAUGCGCAGUCGCUCCCUGUCAUUGUACUCUGUGAGUCGAUCAAAUUCACCGAAAAGGUAGCACUUGAUUCGAUUGUCGGCAACGAAGUUGCGCCUGCUGAAGAGCUGCUUUCGGAAUCCGAGCGUCAGAACCUGCUUCCGCUCAAAAACCUACUUCCAAAGUCGCACCCAGCAAGCAAAGAAGAAAAUGAUGGAGAGGGCAGUAAACCACCAGUUGCUUCGGAUGUCCUGAAGUGGAUUGACGCGUCCAAGAACUUGCAUCAUCUGCAAGUUCUUUAUGAUGUCACGCCCGCUGAGUACAUUGAUAUGGUCAUUACAGAGUACGGAAGCUUGCCACCAAGCUCGGUGCCUGUUGUCCAUCGGUUGAGAUCGGAAGGCGAGAAACAGCUUUUCCAGUAA